CUCCCAUAAGAGUCCGCACCUUUGCUUUGAACAUGGCUCACUGGACUUGAAACUAAGUAGCCGUUAGUAGAGAAGCCAACGAUGAUGAAUCUUUCUCUUCCCGCUCCAGCCAAAAUCCCGCUUCCUUCCCUUGCUUCAUCCUCAACCCGUCCUCCCCCGAAACUCCCAUAUCAGCCGCCGCCGCCGUCACCGUCGAUCAGGAGCACCAUCAACUUCGAACCCCUUAGGGACCGUCUGAUCAAGCAUCUCGAUGCAGGUCACCUCCACAAAGCCAUAUCCACGCUCGAUGUCAUGGCCAGGCAAAACACCCAUCCAGACCUCAUCACCUACUCUGUGCUCCUCAAGGCUUGCAUCAGGUCACGUGACUUCCAGCUUGGUAAACUUGUCCACUCCCACUUGACUCAGUCCAAACUCGAGCUUGACUCCGUCCUUUUUAACUCGCUCAUCAGUUUGUACUCGAAGUCCGGCAAUUGGAACAAAGCCCGUGAAAUAUUCCAAAGUAUGGGAAACAAACGGGAUUUAGUUUCAUGGAGUGCAAUGAUUUCUUGUUUUGCUAAUAAUAAGAUGGAAUUCGAAGCAAUUUUGACGUUUCUUGAUAUGCUUGAAAACGGGUUUUUUCCGAACGAGUAUUGCUUCACGGCUGUUAUUCGGGCUUGUUCGACAUCCGAGUUUUAUUCAGUUGGAGAAAUAAUAUUGGGUUUUCUAAUGAAAACGGGGUAUCUCGACUUUGAUACGAAUGUUGGGUGUGCUUUAAUUGAUAUGUUUGCUAAGGGAAAUAGCGAUUUGGAGUCGGCUUUAAAGGUGUUCGAUAAAAUGCCUGAAAGAAAUGUGGUUUCUUGGACACUGAUGAUGACUAGAUGUACGCAAUUAGGUUACCCGAAGGGUGCUAUUGAAUUGUUCGUGGAUAUGAUUCUAAGUGGCUACAUGGCCGAUCGGUUUACACUAAGUGGUGUCGUUUCAGCUUGCACUGAACUUGAAUCGGAAUCAUUGUCUCUCGGAAAGCAAUUGCAUUCUUGGGUUAUACUGUCAGGAUCCGCUUCAGAUGUUUGCAUUGGUUGUAGUUUAGUAGACAUGUACGCUAAGUGUACAAUGGACGGGUCUUUGGAUGAUUCUAGGAGGGUGUUUGAUAGAAUGGAAAAGCACAAUGUUAUGUCGUGGACUGCGAUUAUAACGGGAUACGUGCAAUGCGGAGGUCACGAUAUGGAAGCCAUAGACCUCUUUUGCAAAAUGAUCGAAGGUCCUGUUUCGCCUAAUCAUUUCACAUUUUCUAGUGUUCUUAAGGCGUGUGGAAAUCUUUCCGAUUAUCGCACAGGUGAACAGUUCUAUUCCCAGGCAGUAAAACAUGGCUUUUCUUCGGAUGAUUGUGUGGGGAACUCUCUUAUAAGCAUGUAUGCUAGAUCCGGGAGGAUGGACGAUGCUCAAAAAGCUUUCGAAUCUCUAUUUGAGAAGAAUUUAGUUUCCUACAACACUAUCGUCGACACUUAUGCUAAGAACCUAGAUUCUGAAGGAGCUUUUGAACUUUUUCAUGAAAUUGCUGAUGCUGGAGUUGAGGUUAAUGCUUUCACGUUUACUAGUCUCCUGAGUGGAGCUUCAAAUAUUGGUGCAAUCGGCAAGGGUGAGCAAAUCCAUGCUCGGUUACUUAAAUCGGGGUUUCAGUCAAACCAAUGCGUUUGUAAUGCAUUGAUAUCCAUGUAUGCUAGGUGUGGGCACAUAGAAGCUGCUUUUCAAGUUUUUAAUGAGAUGGGUGAUCGAAAUGUUAUAUCAUGGACUUCUAUGAUCACAGGUUUUGCAAAACAUGGAUUUGCUACUAGAGCUUUGGAAAUGUUCCACGAAAUGCUUGAGGCAAGGAUUAGGCCGAACGAGAUCACGUAUAUUGCUGUUUUAUCGGCUUGUAGCCAUGCAGGCUUGGUUUCAGAGGGAUGGGAAAUUUUCAACUCGAUGCACGAAGAACAUAAAAUUGCACCAAGAAUGGAACAUUAUGCAUGCAUGGUUGAUUUGUUGGGACGAUCAGGAUCACUCAGGGAAGCUAUUGAGUUUAUAGACACGAUGCCCUGCACACCGGAUGCUUUGAUCUGGCGUACUUUUCUCGGAGCUUGCCGAGUCCACCAUGACAAAGAACUUGGUGAACAUGCUGCAAAGAUGAUACUUCAGCAGGAUCCUCAGGAUACAGCCGCCCAUAUCUUACUAUCGAAUUUAUAUGCCUCUUCCGGUCAAUGGGACGACGUGGCACGGAUUAGGAAGAAUAUGAAAGAAAGAAAUCUGAUCAAAGAAGCUGGUUGUAGUUGGAUAGAGGCGGACAAUAAAAUACACAGGUUCCAUGUGGCCGAUACUUCACACCCACAAGCACAGGAGAUUUAUGAGAAACUGGAUGAAGUGGCUUUAGAAAUAAAGGGAUUAGGCUAUUUCCCGGAUACAGAUUUUGUACUUCAUGAGCUUGAGGAGGAACAGAAGGAGCAAUAUGUCUUCCAACACAGCGAGAAAAUCGCUGUUGCAUUCGGUCUUAUAAGCACAUCAAGAUCAAAACUGAUUCGGGUUUUCAAGAAUCUCCGUGUUUGCGGAGACUGUCAUACCGCAAUCAAAUACAUUUCGAUGGCCACGGGGAGAGAAAUAGUUUUAAGGGAUUCGAAUCGCUUUCAUCAUAUCAAGAAUGGAACUUGCUCUUGCAAUGAUUACUGGUGACAGGGGACCCAUCCGGCAUCGGCAUUCUUGGUAGAAGGCAAUUAGUUCACCAGGUUGUUUUGGUGUGGUUCGGUCACCGGUCAUGCGCAGAUGCAUUCCGACUGAACGACCGAUCCCCGUUUGGCCGGUUUAUCCUUUACCUCCUCCUCUUUUGGCCAU